AUUGUCAAUGUCACUUAGAAAAUACUACGAAAAUAUAACCUAUUUGUUCAAUUAUAUAUUUCGAUUUCUUCUAAUUUCGUUACUUAAUCAUAAUUUACUUAAUAAAAAAUGAGAUUGAACACAAUAUUCUAUACUGCACCUUCAAGUAAGAGUGCUAGAAGACCACAAAGGGAUCCUAUACCUUUUCAAAUGCUGUUACCUUUAAGACUUAAGAAAGCAGUGUCUGGUAAAGGAGAUAAAUUAAAAGAAGCUGCCUGUAUGCAAGAAAUGGCUGUAAUGUUCGCCUGUUUUAAGAAAGCAGAGUUCGAUCAGGAGCAGUGCUUAAAAGAAGUGUCGGCAUUUCAAACUUGUUUCAAAGACUAUAAUGAACGAUUGAAAGUUCAACGAGAUCAAGGUAAAAAGGGUAUACUCGUUCCAGGCGAAAAGAACCUGACACAUAGACAGCUGAAUCAGUUAUUAAAGUCAUACCCUCCUACCCAGUAGCACUGUAUCAUUAUUAAAGUAGUUUAUAUGAAAUUAAUAUAGAAUAUAAAUUAAAAUUGUUUUUUAUUCCAUGCCAUCUAUUGUACAAUUAAGUGUUAAAUAAUUGUAGUUUAAUAUAGAUGUUUAGACAA